AUGGUGGACGAAGGAGAGUUCAUGUUCCGCGGGGCCUUUUCAGAAGUGGUUUUAGCGGAAGAGAAGGCAACUGGAAAACUCUUCGCGGUGAAGUGUAUCCCUAAGAAGGCGCUGAAGGGCAAGGAGAGCAGCAUAGAGAACGAGAUCGCCGUCCUGAGGAAGAUUAAGCAUGAAAACAUUGUUGCCCUUGAAGACAUUUAUGAAAGCCCGAAUCACUUGUACUUGGUCAUGCAGCUUGUAUCUGGUGGAGAGCUGUUUGAUCGGAUAGUGGAGAAGGGAUUUUACACAGAAAAAGAUGCCAGCACUCUUAUCCGCCAGGUCUUGGAUGCUGUGUACUAUCUCCACAGGAUGGGCAUCGUCCACAGGGACCUCAAGCCCGAAAACCUGUUGUACUAUAGUCAAGAUGAAGAGUCUAAAAUAAUGAUCAGUGACUUUGGAUUGUCAAAAAUGGAGGGUAAAGGAGAUGUGAUGUCCACAGCCUGUGGAACCCCAGGCUAUGUUGCUCCUGAAGUCCUUGCCCAGAAACCUUACAGCAAAGCUGUCGACUGCUGGUCCAUCGGGGUGAUUGCCUACAUCUUGCUCUGUGGGUACCCUCCUUUUUAUGAUGAAAAUGACUCCAAGCUCUUUGAACAGAUCCUCAAGGCAGAAUAUGAGUUUGACUCCCCCUACUGGGAUGACAUCUCCGACUCGGCCAAAGACUUCAUUCGGAAUCUGAUGGAGAAAGACCCAAAUAAAAGAUACACCUGUGAACAGGCAGCUCGGCACCCAUGGAUCGCUGGUGACACAGCCCUCAACAAAAACAUCCACGAGUCCGUCAGCGCCCAGAUCCGGAAGAACUUCGCAAAAAGCAAAUGGAGACAAGCAUUCAAUGCCACAGCUGUCGUGAGACAUAUGAGAAGACUACAUCUUGGCAGCAGCCUGGACAGUUCAAAUGCAAGUGUUUCAAGCAGCCUCAGUUUGGCAAGCCAAAAAGAUUGCCUGGCACCUUCCACGCCCUGUAGUUUCAUGUCCUCUUCAUCGGGGGUCUCAGGAGUCGGAGCCGAGCGGAGACCCAGGCCCACCACUGUGACGACAGUGCACACUGGAAGCAAGUGACUGGCUCUGGAGAUGGGGCCCAGGGAAGGGGCCAGGGAAGGGGUGCCCCGGGCUACCAGUGCCAUGAGCCAUGCCAGUGAGACCCCACCUUGCAUGGUGCACCUUCCUGCAUAGGACUGGAAGACCGAAGUUUUUUUAUGGCCAUAUUUUAUACUGCAAUUCUGAAGUGUUCAUUUCUCAUAAACUGUACUGACUCAAGGGGAGCGGAUUUAACAGGAUCUGGUGCUGUACAUAGGAAUCUUGCGAAGCUCUGAUGAACGGACCUAUUUACCCUUCUCCCCAACCCCGUCCUUUCCACUCUCCUCAGUACAGGUAACCGUCUAUGGUGUAUUUUUUCAUUAAUGACAAAAAAAAAGGGUUUCAACUGGAUUAUUUAAAUAUUGGUAAAUAUUGUGCAUUAGGGGUUUUUUUCCUUUUAAGAAGUAUGUCCUUCCAACUCUCUCAGUUACAUGAUAUAUCUUUUACUCUUCAAUAGUAGUUUUAUGUUAACCUUUAAGAGAUUUUUUUUUUCCUCCAAGGGGAAUUUAAAGGUGUUUUUUAAAAUUCUAAUAAGAGGAUCGAGAAGCUGUCUCCAAGGCUAAGAGUGCGCUUUCUUCUCUUCCUUGUCUUGUCUCCCCUGCCUCGGGAGGGGCGGCCCUCUAACAAGACCCCUCAGCAGUGUGCAGGGCUGUCUUCUCUCCAGGGGGGCUUAGGAGGGGACCAGCAGAAAACCCUUCCUAGCAGCUCCACCAGCAAACUGCACACCAGCCGGAGACCCCUGGACCCUCUUGCCAUCAGCAGUCAGAAAAUACAGCAGCCUGCUCCCCCCAGACCCACGGCUAACCUUCACAGGCUAUACUUGCCAUGAGCGAGACACCCACAAGGAUUUAGGAGCCCCUCUUUACAAAAGGAACAAGCUGCCACGUCGUUGUUCCGAGGGACCCCCACACAGCUGUCCUCUCCCACGAGGGGGAGUGGAUGAAAGCUCUGAUCUCAGCUAUGCAGUUUUAAAAUUAACCUCUCUCUCUCUCUUUCUCUCUGUGUUUUUUAAAAAGUGUUUCUAAUCUUACAUUUAAAAUGGCCUCCAACACACACAAGUUGUUUCUCUACAUUUUUACCCUAUUCUCAUGGGAAUGUUAUCUGAGGAAAGGGGAAGGAAAUGACCUCAGAAAAGAAACUACUUAUCUGGAGUGGUAAGGAGAGGGGACCUGCCAAGCUAGCAGGACACUGGCCACCGGUGAAUGGCCAGAGACCUCCCCAGCCAGGCCCAGCUGGUGUCUGAAGGUAUCCCUCUGCUCUGGGGAGUCUGAAAUCAAAGGUCUGUGGUGGUGGGUCACCAAGCGCCCCAGGUUGCCUGGGACUGUAGGAUUUCCGAGAAUGUGGGACUUUUAGUGCUGAAACCAGGACUGUUCCAGAAACAGCAGGUCAGGCCAUUCACCCGCUUCAUGGCUAGGUGUGAGGGAGAGAGCAAGCAAAGGGUGCCACCAGGGCAGACCACUUUGCAAGGAGGCUUCCAGGUAGCUGUCCCAGAGAGAGCCAGGCAGGUAGCCCCCAGUGCCAUCUUUGCAGACGCCCUCCCUCGGCCCUCAGGCCCCCCAGCACUGAGUCUGAAUUCCACACAAUCAGCCUCGAACCCACCCAGGGUGCCAGCAGGUCUGCCUGAUAGUCCAACCACUUUCCUGGCUGUUGUCCUUCUGCCCUUGUCUUGUAGUGGGCCAGUCGCAGAAGGGCCUGUUGGUCAAGCCAUUUUGCCACUUCCACACCUUUGCCUAUGCCGGGACUAAUGUUUAGUGAUGCCCUUGGCCCUCCCCGGCAUGCACACGCACAUGUGCACACCUGUACACACACACCCACGCCCACUUGCACACAUACACGCACGCAUGCGCAGACACACACCCACAUGCAAACACACACACAGUGUUACUGGGCUUGGUAGCGCCAUCCUGCCUCCCUAAGGAUGCCACCAAGACUUGGGUUAUUUCCUAUUGUUUUAGGAAGAGGAGAAAAUAAAUAACCAUAUGAAAGAGUCUUUGCUCUUUUGAGCGAGCCUUCGAGGUGAAAGGAUUGAGGUUCUCUUUCGACUGCACUUGGUACUGUUUGUUUUAUUACAAAACAGGAAUAGAACCCAGAGUGCACCUUUUGUUAAGACCUGACAAAUGGGGUGGCAACAUCCUAGGACCCUCCCUGAUGUCAAAUCCCACCACUAGUAGCUGAGCAUUUUGUACGUGUGCGUGGUGUACUUGGCCGAGGCUAAAGAUGGACACACAAACACCAUCACAGGCUUCUUUCCUAACCCCAAACCCCCAUUUGGUCUCUUCACCUCAGAGCAAGUGGAUUUUUUUUUUUCAUUUAAAUAUGAAGUUUUGAACUAGUGUUCUGAAAUGGUUUUUCCCUCUGCUGCCCAUCUGUCCCUCCCUGGCUUUCCCGAUCUUCAUCUCGUAAAUGAGGCAGUAAGAGAAGCCAUCAUGCAUCUGGAACAGUGAGAGGGCACCAUGCUCAGCACUGCCAGGCCGGCAGCUCCUCGCCCUUGAGCAGGGUACCCUGGAGUCUGGGCUGCUCGCUGCUUCUCUGAAGUCCCGCUCUCCAGCGGGCACUCGGGUCUGGAGCCUCAGAGCUGAGGGGCAGGGCGUAACUAGGUGAAGUGCACGUGACCAUGAAAGCCCUUGAGGAAGUGGGAGGCUGCCCAGGGAGACAGCCAGCCACUCGGGGGCUGCUUGUGGCUUUUGUGGUAGGCAGUGGCUGGUUUUUACCAUCUCCUGACCCUGACUUCAGAGGAGAAGAGAAAAAAUAAUCUCCCCCUUCAUAUCUCCUUUUUAA